UGCGGACACACGCGUCGGUGAUGAAGUURCCGGUGGCUCCAAUGUCGAGGAGGGCCCGKAACUUAGUUGUAGACGCACCAAGGGUGGCAGCGAUGAAUUUGAGGUGGAAACGAGAUGAGUUGGYGGUGGAGAUGAUGGUGUUGAGGCGGCGUUGUUCGUUGCCUAAGCGGACAAGCCGAUCGUGUYGGGCUUGUUCYUCAACAACAUCGGAGAAGGUGAUAGUGGAUGCAUUUGGAGGAAGGGUAGAGGAGCAUGAGGCAGUGGGAGGUGUUUGCGAUGCCUGGGAAUCGUCCGGUGGAGGGGGCGUCGCCGGAGAGGGGGAAGGCAAACGAAUUGUCGAUGUCAGAUGGGCCAUCGGUGCGACGAAGGAUGUCACUGAUGGUGAUGGAGGUGGUGUCUUCGGGGGUGAUGUGGUGGGAAAAGCGGGUGCGGGAGGUGCCGGGGGGGGCCUGGUGGUGGGGGUGGAGGAGUCGAUCGUGGUGRAGCAUGCGAGAGAGGAGGUCAGCAAGGGGCAUGUCGGGUUCGUGGGCGAGGGCGGUUGCAAGGUCUUUGUGGCAUACUCGUUUGAUGCGGGAGAUGAACGCAUAGUCGGGAAUGACGGUGUGGGGGAGGUGGUAUCGGAGGGAGCGGACGUAUUGGACGAAGCGGUCCGUGGGACCGGUCUGGCGGAGGUGGCAAAAUUGUUCAAGGUAGUCGUCAAUGGUUUUCUGGGGGCGGAAGGUGGCAGUGAGGAGGGUGGCCCAUUGGAGGAAGGUGGGGCGUGGUCCUCUGGAGGCUCGGCGGUUGCUAGCUUCAACCAUCCACCAUUUGGCUGCAUUGCCGAGGAGGCGGGAGGUGGCAAUGGGCAAGGGGCAUGUGGUGGAGCUGAAAAGAGUUCUGAAGCUGGGUUAGGAAGAGGAAAACGUCCUCGUUGGGGAGGCCGGAGAAGGACAUGAUUUCGCCAGAUCGGAAGGAACGGGGGAUUUCCCCGUCGCGGUGAACGAUCUG